UUUUAAUGGGAACCUGUUGUUGAUAACAUUUAGAUAAGAUUAAACCGCGAUCUUGUGAAAACAAGUGUGGAACUCAAACAAUGGCAGAAGGCGACUCCCCUCCACCCUACACAUCAUUAUACCCCCACUUGAAUGACACCCAAAACCUGCAAGAAUUGGUAUCCGAGCUCCAGCACUCUUUGUCCAUUCAAGACAAACGCAUCCAUGAUCUAGAAGACGAGCUAAGACACACUAAAACACAAUACACUUCUACAAAAGAAACAAAAACACAUCUAUGUACUAGUAAAGGUUAUGAAUGGGUCGCUACGUCCACGAACAACGUUGUGCCCCCUAUGGCCAUACACAUGUGCGUGGACGCCCAUGGUAAUGACGUUUACGUAGGACGGGCACAUUUUGGGAACGAGCUGACCCCGGCGCAUGUGGCGGCACGAGCCGCCUAUGUACCCCACUAUGGAAAAGAACACUCCGUAGAUAAUUAUCACAUUUUGUGCACGAAUUUUUUUAAAUGGGUACCCAGUUCGGGUGGUCAAGUGCCUCCAGGGGCGGUGCAAGCGGGACACAGGAGGGAUGGAGCACCCCUGUAUGUGGGUAGAGUGUAUCAUGAGGGAAGCUGCAUUAUCGGGAAAGUACACCCGAACUUCCAAGCUUGUUUUUUUCUGUACCAAGGCAAAGAAAUGCACAGCUCGACUUACGAAGUUUUAAUUUUUGACAUGUCGUCCUCAUUUGACUGGGUCAACUCCUGCGUCACCGACGGGAAAGUCCCGCCCAUGGCCAUACAAAUGGGUGUGGACGCCCAAGGCCACGCCAACUUCAUCGGCCGGGCCCACUUUAACGGCGAGUUGGCCCCUGUUCACGUUGUCCCGGCAAAACGAGCCGCCUAUGUCGCCAACUAUGGCAAGGAGCAUCGCGUCGACAGCUAUCAAGUGCUAUGUGCGACUAACUUGCACUGGGUACCUAGCCAUGGAGGACAUGUGCCGCCAGGGGCGGUACAAGCGGGGCACAAUAAAGACGGCGCCCCUCUGUACGUGGGGCGGGCGUUCCAUGCAGGGUCUUGGAUCAUCGGAAAAAUACAUCCGAAGUUUGGGGUUUGUUUGAUUCCCGCUCACGGCAAAGAAGUAACUGUGUCGAACUACGAGGCCCUCGUGAGCAAUUCUUGAGUAUUUUUUAAUUUGAAAUAAAAGAUUCAUAAAUUAAAAAA